CCGCGUGCAUGUUGCUGAGUCAGGCGCGACCACUCUCGGUUCAGCCCGUUGCCUUCUCUCUCUCUCUCUCUCUCUCUCUCUCUCUCUCUCUCUCUCUCUCUCUCUCUCGCAGUUGUUCUUUGCCAGUGAGACUUUGUUUUAUCCGCCGACGUCAUUCAUACGGUCUGGACACCGAGGCGCGAGGCUGCCCUCUCUUCGUCGUUAAUUGUGUUUCCUGCCGACUGACAACUUGUUUGUCUGUUAGCGCAUUGGCUGCCCAUGGGCGCUGCUGUUGACACACUCUUCUGCUCCGCCGCCUGGGCUGUCCGGUGCGCCUCUGCGGUCGGUUCGGGACGGUUUCGGGCUCCGCUUUUAUGAAUGAAUAACGAGACGCGGAGGAGGGGAGGGGAAGAAAAAAUGCGAGUGAAUGCGAAACUCCCCAGCAGCCGGGCUCCCGAGGGGCCAGCCACUGAUGAGAGGGAUUAACGACGGAGCGGAGCCGCGGCUCAUUGCGGAAAAGCCGAGUCUGACUGCAGACUGGCGAGGAAACGCACCGUGAGGGAAACGGGCUCCAUAGCACAGAGCAGCGGAACAAAACCGCGGUUACCACAAUGUCCAUCCACAUCGUGGCUCUGGGCAGCGAGUGCCCCGGAGGAGUCGGGCCCGGGGAGGAGAUCAUGGGCCAGGGGCAGCUGCAGGGAGGCCUGCUGUGGAGCUACCUGGGUCACGGAGCGCUGGUGGGACCCUGCGACCUGGAGAGCAGCCUGCACAACCCGGCCUUCAUGGAGUAUACCUCACGCGUGUUUGGAGAUGUGACUGUAGUGGUUCGAGAUUGUCCCAGCUGGGACUUGUUGGACAGCGACUGGGCCAGCGUACGGAAAGUUCUUGAGCAGGCGGACAUCCUGGUCAUUAAAUAUUCAGUCACUGACAAGCUGGCCUUCCAGCAGGUCAGGAACGGCUACGCCCCGAGACUCCGCCCGCUCCUGAGACACUGGGGUGUACCUGUCAUCCUAGUCGCUGUGGGAGCGCGGCUAAACGACGAGGGCCCUCCCUGUACGUGCCCAUUGUGUGCGUCUGACUGGAGCAGCUGUGUGCCUCACAGUGAAGGUCUGCAGCUGUCCCGGGACCUGGGGGCCACCUACUUGGAGUUGCCUUCCCUCAACCACGUCUUUGUGGGUCGCUACUUUGGCAGCGUGCUGGAGUACUUCAUGAUUCAGUGUCUGAAACACAAAGCCAAAGAGAGGCCAGAGAAGAGGCGAGGAAAUAAAGUGAACGAGCUCCGUCCCCCUCACUUAGAACAACCAGCUCGUCUUCCCCCCAUUCGUGUGGAGGAAUCCAGCUUCUCCCAGGACAUGCAAUGGUUGUUAGAGCGUGGCGUGCAGUUUGCCGAUGUGGCUUUCUACGCCGGGGACUCUGGGAAAGAACUGGGCUGGGCGCACGCGGCUGUGCUGUGUGCUGUCAGCCCAUACUUCAGACAGCUGCUCCUGGGCCCCAAGACCAGGGAACGUCCACAGUCACGGUGUGUUUGCAGAGAGCGGGAUGGAGGCCCCCAUUCACUACUCUCUACCUGGGAUGGUGGGAUUAUUGAUGACAUGCCACGAUCAGACGGGCACCUGACCGGACGACUAUCCCGCCUGGUAGUGAAGGACCCCCUCCUGUGUAUGUGCUUGUGGGAGACUCUCAUGUUUAUUUACAGAGGAGCGUGGGAGUGGGAGCACCUCCAGGAGGCCCUGGAAGAGAAGCUGAAGAACUCUCUGGCUGUUGCUCAGCUUAUGGAGCAAAUACGAUCUCUCAUCGGGAGAGACAGGGGCCCCAGGGAUACCCCGAGUGCACGAGCAGCUCAGCUCGGCCCCCAGACUCUUGUCAACCUCUUCAAUUCUCCUCUUUACUCAGAUGUCAUCUUCAUGGUGCAAGGGAGUGUAUUGCCAGCCCACCGGGCGGUGUUGGUGGCGCGCUGUGAUGUCAUGGCGGCCAUGUUUAGUGGAAAGUAUGCAGAAGCCCGGAGUCGAGUGGUGCCCAUCCACGGAGUGUCCUCAGAUACUUUCCUCUCUUUCCUGGAGUACCUCUACACUGACUCCUGCUGUCCUGGAGAUUUCCAUGAAAUAUGCUGGACACUCAACCAACUGUUGGUGCAGUGUGAAGCACUGCACAAAGGAGCCAGUGUGCUGCAGGCCAUGGCCGUGCUGGUCUGUGCCGAGAUGUACCAGGUGAAACGUCUGCAGCACCUGUGUGAGGUCUGCGUGUGCGCUUACCUUCAGAGCAUGCCCAGUAGAGAGCUGGCAUCAACGGGUAUCAGCGUGGUCCGACUACUCCGCAGAGCAAAGUGCCACAAUGCAGAGCAGCUGUACGUCUGGCUCCUCCACUUCAUCGCCAACAACUACCUAAUCUUCAGUCACAAACCUGACUUCUUGGAGCUCUCAGAGGAGGAACGCGAGCAGGUGGAGAGACUACGUUGGCCAUCCAGAGGCUACCUGCAGGAGCUCAGCGAGUACCAGCAGCGGCGACGCAAGCUACGCAAGUCCCGCUGCAUAGUCAUGUGACC